CACUCAGCAGCGAUCUCCUCCUCCGAUCUGCUGCUACUGUACUUGCAAAAUAGUGCGCCCUACUGUCUCUAUUGCGCAUGACUGUACGUCGUAAUAUGAAGUAGGCCUCCUGUUUUUCUCCCCAACCCGGAGUCCUCCUGGCCCCCACCGCCUCGACUGCAACGUUCAAGCGAGCAAAACACGGAGGCUGCUGUCGAUCAUUCGGGAAGCGUGCGGAAGCGGUGGGACUGCAGAGGAGGCUUCGGGACUGUUUCCGCACGCUUGAGGGAGAGCAAGGCCCAGUGACCCACAUUCAGAGCAGCCAGUGUGUGUGUGUGUGCAAGGUGUGGCUCACACGUAAAGGUUUGUCAGUGCCUGGAAGGAUAGGCUCUAAAACAGCAAGCUCUGCCCACAAACAGACAUUCCAGAGAGUUUGAUUGACCAUCAUGUCUUUCCUGUGGUUUGGUGACCUCUCGUGACCCCUAAUGACCUCAACGUCAGCUUUGACCCCAAACCCUUCCUACGACCCCUGAGAAAAGACGUUGAUUGACCACGUGCAUAAGCUGCAGUGAGGUGGUCUUCCAAAUGCCUACCUCACGCCUAAAGAGCAAAUCACUGCAGCCACAGCCCUGAUCAGCAGCCACCAUGACAUCAAGCAUAGGGGAUGAUUGUAGCAUCUUUGAUGGGUUGAUGGAAGAAGAUGAAAAGGACAAAGCAAAACGCGUGUCCCGUAACAAGUCUGAGAAGAAGAGGAGAGACCAGUUCAAUGUCCUCAUCAAGGAACUUGGCACAAUGUUGCCAGGCAAUACGAGGAAGAUGGACAAAUCCACCAUCCUGCAGAAAAGCAUCGACUUCCUGUGUAAACACAAAGAAAUCGCCGCCCAGUCGGAGUCCAGUGAGAUCAGGCAGGACUGGAAGCCUCCGUUUCUUAGCAACGAGGAGUUCACCCAGCUCAUGCUGGAGGCUCUGGACGGGUUCUUUAUAGCAAUAAUGACUGAUGGGAACAUCCUCUACGUCUCUGAGAGCAUCACCUCACUACUAGAACACCUACCGGCGGACUUGGUGGACCAGAACCUGUUAAACUUUCUGCCAGUCGGGGAACACUCUGAGGUGUACAAGGCUCUGUCCACACACCCCACUGACCAAGAGGGCCUCAGCUCCGAUUACUUAAAGACUAAGAACUGCAUGGAGUUCUGCUGUCAUAUGCUGCGAGGGGCCAUUGACCCCAAACAAUCCCCCGUCUACGAAUAUGUCAAGUUCAUCGGCAACUUCAAGUCACUUAACAACGUUCCCAAUGUGACGAGGAACGGUCUGGCGGGGGUGUUACAGCGGUCGCUACAGCCUGCGUUUGACGACCAGGUGUGCUUCGUGGCCACUGUCCGGCUGGCCAAACCUCAGUUUAUCAAGGAGAUGUGUACGGUGGAAGAGCCCAACGAAGAAUUCACAUCCAGACACAGUCUUGAAUGGAAGUUCCUCUUCUUAGACCACAGAGCUCCACCAAUCAUAGGCUACCUGCCAUUCGAGGUUCUGGGAACAUCAGGGUACGACUAUUACCACGUGGACGACCUGGAGACGCUAGCCAAGUGUCAUGAACACUUGAUGCAGUACGGUAAAGGGAAGUCUUGCUACUACCGUUUCCUGACUAAGGGUCAACAGUGGAUAUGGCUGCAGACACACUACUACAUCACCUAUCACCAGUGGAACUCACGGCCUGAAUUUAUUGUCUGCACACACACAGUAGUCAGCUAUGCGGAGGUGAGAGCGGAGCAGCGCAGGGAGCUGGGCAUCGAAGAGUCCAACCCAGAGGUCACUGUGGAUAAGAGUCAGGACUCUGGCUCAGAGUCACAGCUGAAUACAUCCAGUCUCAAGGAGGCGUUGGAGCGAUUUGACCGCAGUCGGACACCCUCGACCUCCUCACGUAGUUCCCGCAAGUCCUCAUCGCAUGUCUCUGACAACACUUGCACUUCAACAGCCUCCAAGCUACAUAUGGACACGGCAACGCCUCCUCGGCAGUCUCUGGCCUCCACCAUGGAGAUGACAUCACAGCGGCGCUCAUCCAUUAGCAGCCAGUCAAUGAGCUCACAAACCACUGGUCAGAGUGUAACUCCAGGCAUGAUCACUCAACAACAACAACAACAACAACAACAACAACAACAGCAACAGCAACAGCAGCAGCAGCAACAACAACAACCACAGCAGCUGCAGACAAAUGUCCAGCCGGUGAUGGAGUUCACAGCGCAGGUGAAUGCCAUGCAGCACCUAAAGGAGCAGCUGGAGCAAAGGACCAGAAUGAUUCAGGCCAAUAUUCAGCGACAGCAGGAGGAGCUGAGACACAUCCAAGAGCAGCUGCAGAGAGUCCAAGGACAGGGCAUACAGAUGUUGUUGCAGCAGCAGGGGGGGGCGAUGAACGUGCAGCUCCCUCAGGUGGGGGCGGUCCAGCAGACGACUACUUUGACCAAUCAAGUGCAGCAAACGGCAGUUAACCCUGUCCAUUCAGGAACUCAGCAGCUCACCAUCCAGCAGCAGGCUCCUCCUCCUCCUCAGCAGAGCCUGCAGCAACAGACCAACGCCCUCGCACAGCCCCAACGCCAGCCUCAGCAGCCUCCGCAGGCCCAGCCCCAGGGCUCUGUUUCUGCCCCACUCUACAACACCAUGAUGAUUUCCCAGCCGGGGCAGCCCAACGUGCUGCAGAUCAGCACCAGCCUGCCGCAGAACAACACUCAGCAAGGCACAGCCGUGGCCACCUUCACACAGGACCGACAGAUCCGGUUUCCAGCAGGGCAGCAGCUGGUGACCAAACUCGUAACAGCUCCAAUGGCUUGUGGCGCAGUCAUGGUACCCACCUCCAUGUUCAUGGGACAGGUGGUCACCGCAUACAACCCCUUCGGUGGGCAACAGCAGGGAGGACAAACCCAGACUCUGACUCUUCAGCCAGCCCAACCUCCACAAGGUCAGCCCGACGGCCAAAACCAGACGGCUGUAGUGGCUCAGAGCGGCCAGCAGGGGCAGCAGCAACAACAGCAGUUUCUACAGGGCACUCGUCUUCUCCAUAGCAACCAGUCUACCCAGCUGAUUCUGCAGGCAGCUUUCCCACUCCAACAACAGGGCACCUUCACCCAGGCGACACACCAACAGCAACCACAACCACAACAACAACAACAACAACAACAACAACAACAACAACAACAACAACAACAGCAGCAGCGGCAACAGCAGCAGCAACAACAACAACAGCAGCAGCAACAACAAUCUCACCACCAGAGGCACCAGCAGCAGCUCAAACCACAACCCCAGAAACAGCAGAAAGCCUCAUCAUCACACAGGACUGACAGCGUCAGCAGCCAACCGCAGUAAAGUCCCGGGAAUAGAAACUCUGAAGGGAUUACUGCUGCCUACGUUUGUUUUGUUUGUCUGGCUGUCACAAACUUCCUCCCCCCCCCCCUCUUCAGAUCCUCCCUUCCUCCAUCUGAAAGAAACCAAUCAUAGGAAAGAGGAGAAACCAAGUGAGUCCACAAGGAACUCACCAAAGAUUGUCACCAUGGCAACAGGAUGGAUUCAAAUCCCCCUUUCCCUCAUCUGAGGUGGGGUUGUGAGGGAGCUCCAGUCUCCGUGGAAACUUAACAAAAAUCCAGAGAACACCUUAUCGCCAUGGUAACGACAGACUCUUUUUUUUUUUUUUUUGGAAGGUGUGUCAAAGGUGGACUGACCUUGUACAGAUUUACUGUAUGAUAAAAGAAAAACUUGUAAAUAUCCAAUAUAGCCUAACAGGAAACAGAAAUGUAGUAUUUUAUAUGAUUGCAUGGAAAGAAUAACUGUGUAAGCUUUUAUUAGUCGCUUUUGAAAAAUGACUUUUUACUUUGUUCAAGUGUUUUCUGGUCAAAGAUGGAGCAACAACGUGCUCUCUCAGACCCCAUUCUCCCCUCCUCCCCCCUUCUCUAAAAAAAAAAAAGAAGUCCAGGAUAAGGCUUUAAAGUUCUGUCGGUUUGUUUAAAAAAAAAAAAAAAAAAAAGGUUGGGCUUGGGUUUUUUUUUUUGUGGAAAUUGUGUUUUUAAACACUUUGUCUCUGAGACAAAAACGGCUCUUUUUAACUUUGCAAGUACAAAUUAUGUUAAGCAAGCAACUAGAUGACAGUUCAACUGAUGAUCACUGUACGUAUAACGGGUUUAGUGAUUCCAAGUGCCAAUAACAUAGUCCAUUAUGUUUUCUUUGUUUUUUUUUUUGAGCAGACUACUCAAAGGCGUAUAUAUUUUCCAAAAAGAUAUUACCCCUAAUAAAGUUGAUGCGUGUGUAUAUAGAAGGGAUUAUUUUUGAACAGUCAGAGAGCCCUAUACGUAACAAACAGUAUAUCCUCGACCUCCUGAAACUUUAGCACUUGAUGUGGUUGUGUACAGUAAAUCACUGUCAAGACCUAGUUGUUUGUAAACUGUGGUGUGAUUCUGUGAGCUAGUGUGUGUUUUUGAGAAUACAAUCUUUGUGUGCAUGAGUGUCUGGUCGGUGUGUGUGUGUGUGUGUGUGUGUGUGUGUGUGUUUGAUGCCCCUUGUGUCUUACAAUAAUUGACUUAGUAAGGGUUUUGAAGUUGCUGGAUGGUACUUGUAUUCUCAGGAAUGUGGAAAGUUUUGCGUCUGCCUCAGUCUGGAUCCAGACCGGGAAGGAUUAGACAGUGAUGCUGCAAAGACCAGAGGAAGAAGUGUCACAAAGGGUGUGGUGACUGAAGAAAAAUUUGACCUAGAUUUCUUAGAGCCUUCCUUGUUGUUUACUUAUCAAAACAGAAAUGGAAAGGGAAGCGUCUGAAGAGGAGAGUUUUAAAAAAAAAGUGCUAUUUUUCUUCAUUAUUUUAUGAUUAUUGAUGGGGGGGGGGGGGUUAUAGAGGAACUCUUGUCAGACCACAUUGAACCAGCGAUCCUGCAUUUCUAAGAACCGUCUCAUGGUCUUCUGUAUCAUCAGUGUUUCAUCCUUCUUUCUCUUCUUAGGCCUCAGAAACCUUCAUGCAGUUUAGUUCUCUUGUCUUUCAGUUCUCAAACAGCAGUUCAAAGCAGGGCUGGCCUCACGUCCAUGUUUAAUUCACAGUUGGAUCGGAGCUCAGCCUCUGUGUCGCAGUUGUAAGCCAUAUCAAACAGAAAAGCCUCAGAUUGGAGGAAGCGUAACGGUUGGCAAAGGAGCAUUCAGAAUGUGUUUCGUCUCAGAGUGUAGAGGAGUGUGUGUGUGCGUGCGUGUGCAUGUGCGUGUGUGUAUGUUUGCACUACGUGCGAAUAUAGCGUCUCCUCGUCUUGAUCCUACUUCUUGUAUCACUCGGGGGUCAGUAUUGGUUUCCCCUGGCGAUAGCCAAUCAGUUCUUGCGUUGCAGUAUAAAGAAAUAAUUGUAAUAUUCAAGAAACUUCCUCUCCGGUUGGGCUCAGACGUCUGCAAGCCCGUGUGUGGGACGGCUCAACUUGAAUACAUGUUUGUGUGUGAGAGAGAGCAUUUGUAUGCAUGUUAACUGUCACUGUAACCCCAUUCUAUUUUCAUAUGGAAACUGAUGUGUGACUGGAUGUCAGGCAAUGCAGAGCAUUGGUCACCAGUCAGGCUAUGAAGAAAGAUGGCUGCUGUUAUUGUUUUACAAUGACAGACUGCUCAACAAGCACUUAUCACAGUAACGACACGCCGGACCGGUCUCAAAUAGUAACCGUGGAGAUGAGAGGAAGGUCUUCCACCCAUCACCCAUCUAUAGACUAGUGUGUGUUUACAGCAUCACUCUAUUGGGUUUGUUGAAAUGUUUAUAGUUUGAGUAUGUGUCACUGAUACCCAGCCCAAAGAAUGUAAAGGUGUUUUUAAAGAGACUAAUGGAUGUUGUAACUAUUGAUUAUGGAAAAACCUUUGACAGGCUUUGUGAUGAAGGAAAACGAGGGGAGUAAAAGAAAGGCAUGUUUGUCACUGCAAGCAUCCACAUACAGAACCUUAGAAUCUUAUUUACAGGUUUUAAAAGAACCGCUGAAUGUUUCACCAAUACAAACUUUAUUUUUGUUUGUCUGUUUGUUUGUUUUUUUUAUUUUGCAAUAACUUUCUGACAUCAUCUGGUCGGGAAAAGAGUUUAAAAGUUGUCGAACGUCGAGGUGUAGGAUAUUUGAAAAAGACAGCGAGGCCCCCCCUCCCCUCCACAGAGACACACAGAUCACCUGUCCACGACACAAUUUGGUUCUGAAGAGUCCUAGUUCUAGUAUAAUACUGUACACAUACACAAAGCUAAGAACACCAGUAUUCAGUGUAAAACGGUGCUAUGCUUACCUGUACUGUAUGUAUGUAUAUCCCUUCUUCUGCUCUUGAACUGUGCUCCUUUAUCUACCCCAAAGUCAAAUGUAAUAAUCAAUAUUUUGAAGCAAAAUGUUUGCUAUUAUUAUAACCCUCUCUCCCCUCUUGGUCAAUUUGAAAAUAAAAACAGUUGCAAAUAUUA